GUAACUGCGUCCUCCAUGAGAGGGGAGUGGACAGAAUGGCCGUGGAGGAUCGAUGUGUCAAAUAACCACCCAUGUGCCGCAAUUGUCCGGUUGCACGUGUUGCAGAGAGCAAUGGAGGUGUUGCAAACUGACAAAUACUACAUCUUCAACAGGGGUCAAGAUUCCCUCUGGUGUGACAGGAGGACGGGCCAUUUCCAAGCCAAAACAUGUUGGGAUCUUGCAAGUGCCGAAAAUCCAACAUGUCUUGGAGUAAUCCACCUUCUCCUCGGCAAGCUACAAAUCCAUCCGGAUUUAUCGCCACGACUGGUGCUAGUGUCAGGGGUACGAGAAGUUGGUAGCUUGGCUGAGGGUCAACGUGUGUGGUGCAUUACACGUGUUGUUUUCCUGCCGCUGAAUACGCCUCCUGAUGCUGACUUCAGUAUACUUCCUUGCAAAAAACAUGCCAACCAUCCAUCCAGUGCCAGCGGAGAGAAAAAGCUUGGGUUACCAUUUGGAGACUUACAACAGAAGGUGGCUCUUUCAAAGACAUUUGGGACAAUUCGGAGUGUCACAUCGACAAUAAAAAGUGCAACUGUUAAUGCGGCAGCAACAGCAACUGGACAGAGCAAAGUGCGGCGUGAUGGAAGAGACAGAGACAGAUAUGAACGCAGAGUUUUAGACGAGUUAAGCAAGAUGUUCAAUGACUCUGACUCCUUCUAUUUCUCGUCAGAGGCAGAUUUAACGAGUUCAUUGCAACGACAGAGUUUAUCUUCCUAUGACAAGAGUUUGCCACUCUGGCGCAGAGCUAAUGAUAAUUAUUUUUGGAACAGGCAUCUGCUUAUAGAUCUGAUUAGUCAAGAGGGAUCAAGUUUUGACGUCUGGAUUGUUCCGGUAAUACAGGGUUUUGUGCAGAUAGAGGCAGUACCUCUAGAUGCCCCAAUAUCUUCACCAGAUGAUUCAGUAGAUAAGGAUCGUGAUCACUAUACCUUAACCUUAAUAUCACGGAGAAGUCGUUACCGUGCGGGAACCAGGUAUAAAAGGCGAGGAGUGGACGAAGAAGGUUAUGUAGCCAAUUACGUGGAGACGGAACAGAUAGUGUCCUACUCCCAUCACAGAGUGGCAUUUGUUCAGGUUCGAGGAUCUGUGCCUGUCUAUUGGAGUCAGCCGGGUUAUAAAUACCGCCCACCUCCAAGAUUGGAUCGAGACACUGCUGAAACAAGCUUAGCAUUUAAGAAGCAUUUUGAGAGAGAAGUAUCCCACUAUGACCAUGUCUCAUGCAUUAGUCUAGUGGAGCAGACAGGGAAAGAGAAAGUCAUUUCGGAUGCCUACCUGAAUCACAUCUUCAUGCUCGACUCAUCUGACCUCACCUUUGUCACCUUUGACUUCCAUGAAUACUGCCGUGGAAUGCGUUAUGAGAAUGUGUCUGUCCUGAUUGAAGGCUUAGAAGAUUGUAUUUCAAAAAUGCUUUACUGCUGGGUAGACAAGGAAGGCACAAUCUGCCGUCAGAGUGGUGUCUUUAGGGUUAACUGCAUUGAUUGCCUUGAUCGAACAAAUGUUGUUCAGACUGCCAUUGCCAAAUCCGUUUUAGAGGGCCAGUUUGUCAAGCUGGGUAUGAUCCCCCCAGAGCAUCCACUGCCAACUGCUUGCCGUUCCACGCUCCAGAUUAUGUGGGCCAACAAUGGUGACACUAUUAGUAAACAGUAUGCAGGAACUUCGGCUCUGAAGGGAGACUUUACUCGCACUGGAGAACGUCGAUUUGCCGGAAUGAUGAAGGACGGAAUGAACUCGGCAAAUAGAUACUAUAGGAAUCACUUCCUUGACGCUUACCGUCAAGUAGCCAUUGAUGUAAUGCUGGGCUUGGAACUCUCUGAGGAUCAGUGGCAAGAAAUCAAUUAUGUCGAGACUUUGCUCAAUGUUGCAAGUGCCUUAAUGCCAAUUGGUCCACCCUCUUACAUGGCUGAAAUCGCCCCGGGCAACGAGAAAUACCUAGCAAGUGCCCUCUAUUCUUUGUCCAGAUAUUACAUGAACAGGUUUAAGGAUGCCUAUCGUCAAGCCACGAUUGACCACUUACUAGGAAACCCAAUCAGGGAGGAUAUGAUCACGUUCAACCCUGAGCUUGCUGGCGAGGAAGAGGAGUCCUCCAUGACUCCUGAGCAUGUCAAGCAUGUCAUUGAUGACUGUAAAAAGUUGCUAGUGCCAGAUGCGGAAACGAUCCUGGGAGCUUGGGGACUCAUUGAUGCUGACCCAUCCACUGGAGAUCCGGACCAAACUGACAUGGACAUCAUUCUGGUGUUGACAAGAGACUCAUAUUAUGUUGCUCAGUAUGAUGAGGAAACGGACCAGAUCCUGCGUUACGAGCGUGUGUCUUUGAUAGACUUGGAGAAGAUAGAGAUGGGACCAUACACAUGCCAAGGCAUGUUCAAACAGUCGCGACCCCAUCAAUGUGUCCGUUUCAACUACCUGGUGGAAGGUCAGAGUGGGUACUUACACACUUUUCGCUCCAUGAACAUCCGUUUCUUCAACAACAUGGCCAUCACUAUCAAAUCUGAGGAGGAAAUGAUUGAAUCUGUCAAAGCCAUUGGGGAAACAUUUGAGGUGGCUGUGCAAAUGAUUGGCUGUGACGUUCAGCUGGUCACCGGAAAGAUGGAGAAGAAGAGGAGUCGAGGGCGCAACCAGCUGGCCAAUCUCCUUAAUCCAAUUGCAUCGCUCACUAAAACGUCUCCAGACACUCUCAAGACAGCAGGAACACGUGCAUUUAGCAACAUGACGUCAGGCUUGGCUAAGCUAAACCCAAUGGCCAGUUUACGAAUGAAGAGGGCCAGUCACCCCACAGUUCAUCCAGCUGCGUCAACGUUUUACUUCCAGAAACCAACAGUAUCUGUACAGAAUGGAAGUGACGUGAUGAUACAGAUGGGUGGAAAUGAAACUUACCUGGCAUCUUGUGGUGUUUUGGCCUCUAGCUUGAUGGCCCCACCUUCCCCACCACCACGAUAUCCUUCGCCUCCUAUUGCCAGGUGCCACAGUGACUCUGCCAUCUUGCAUGGCAGCGUCUUAGGGAGAAGCAGCAUCCCUGGCGUUUCAACCAACCGCUCGCCAACCCCUGAGAUUUUGGUGAGUGGGACUGGUGAUAAGAAUAACACACCUGCCAUCACACCCACUUUGGGAGGCCUCUCACCAUCCCUGUUGAUGCAGAGGGUUAGGAAAAUCUCUCAUUCUUCGGAUGAAGUGGACGUACGAGAUGAGAGGGAUGCAGGAGUCUUAAGAGCAUCCUCUGCCACAAACCUGCAGCUACAUCUUCCCUCAAGCCAUUCAGAGGGUCACAUUGGGGGAACGUCCACACAGUCAACAGCCCUAAAUGCAGGGGACCACUCAAACCCUCUCUCACCACUGUCUGCUCUCAACAAAGAAGCAGUGUUGGCUCCUUUCUCUGUGCUGGCAAGAGGUGUCCAGAGCUUAGCACCAGGAGCAGGACGUCUCGCAAGAGGAAUGCAGAGCAUUGGGGCUAACUUUGAUCCCCGGCGUUUGCGUGCCCAGCGCCAAAGGCAGCUUGAAGAUGAUCCAGUACUGACAGAAAAGAAACAGAACUGUAAAACACAGAUAAUUCAGCUUUAAAAUGACUGCCUUCUGUAGCAUGGCAUGUGUUUUUAAAUUUUAGGUAGCUACCUUUCCCAUUUGAAUAAAUUUAUUAUUGACAACAGGUCAUCCCUGGAGAAAACUGGUAAUCAAAAUUAGACUAAAGUUAGAUUGGUAUUUAGUCAGCUUGUGUUAAAUUGUAAUAGAUUCGUCCAAUUCGAAUUUUUAGAUAAUUUAUACGAUGCUGUUUGUAAAGCUGAUUGGUUACUGUAGUUCCUUGAUAAGAUGGUUCAAUUUACCACAAUUUGUUCUCAGUGACCUUUGUUAAUAAAUUGUUUGAUGAUCAGCAUUUGAACAUUCCAUGAGGAAUAUAUAAUUUGAUCUCACUGAUUAAUAUUGUUUUGCGCACAGUAUUAGUACAUAAGCACUUCCAAUGUUGAGAUUUUGUGUGGAGGUCUUCCAGUUGUUUUUAUUAUUAUUUAUUUAUCUAAUUUAUUUUUAAAUGUGUAAACAUUGUUAAAAUGUCUUUAAAUAUUUUAAUUUAAUCACCGUUUUAGAAUUUGCCUAUAUUUGAUCCCCCAGGAAUCUUAUAGUCUGGCAUUGUAGAAUAGUGCCAUCCUCUUGCUCUGUAAAUAAUGGUUCUAGUUAGUCCUCCCUUAAUUAUAGUAAUGACACCUUAGAAAGAGGUUAUUGGAGUAUUUUAUCAUGUUACUGUUGCUUUUGUGGUAUGAAACACAGGUUUUUGAAACACAAAUAUCACGUGCUCACGGUUGAUUUCCUUCAUUACAUCACCCAUACUCAAUGAAGUUCACAAAUAGUUGGGGCACUCUGUUGGAUUAGCCAACAGUCACUGGUAUUUAUUUGGCAUGAAGCCCAGUGAUGGAUCAGCCCACAUAGAGUAACUCACUCCUGCAGUAAUAAGUGGUGGGUGCAGUUAGCCAUAUUCAUUGUCAAUGAUGUCUAUUCCAUCUUUGGGGAAGUGUAUUACAUGGUAACUUGUCAUGUACUGCAUUCUGUGAUGUUUAUUGUUGAUGCCUCUUGUUCACAUUUUCAGAAAUACUGUGUAUAAUGGCAAACUUUUUAUACCUUGUGAUUAGUUAUGGUAAUUUAAGGAAAGAAAUUAUAAAUUGCUGACAGAAUAAAAAUAUUUUUCUGCGAAGAUAAGAGUAUAUUCAUAUAAAUAGAACAUCUAUAUGCCAUAAUCUGAAGUAAUUUACUUUGUAAAUUGAAGAUAUGUAUAAAAGAAGUGAAAAUAACAGGGUUAGUUGUUCAUUGUAUUUCUCACUGGGUGCCUGUCUGUAACAGUAGCUAAUGAUAAAGUAAAAUUUGAUCAUCACUUGUUUUGACAGUGAAUAUGGCUAAGUGUUGGAAGAAUUACAAUAAGGCAUGGUCAUUAUUAUACCAUGUCAAUGAGAUGUUACUUAUUUAGGUUAUUUACAUCUAAUGCGAUGCUUCAGGGUCCUGUGUACUGUAAGCUAUGGUAGCAAUAGAUUUUUGAAAAUGCUUCAGUUUUUCCUUUCUAGUGGAUAAUGGAUGCAAGUUUAGUCUUGUCGUUUUGUAUUUAUUUUCAGAAGAUUUAUUUAUAUCGUAGUAAAGGAUUUACUUAUAAAUAGCUCUGAUUAAUAUGUUCAUGUAUCUAAUGAUACAUAUCAUUAGUGUAUUUAAAGGUAAAACUGUACUAGCCUGUGAAGUUGUUAACACCUGCCCCCUGCACAGCCAUGAUAGCAGUAACGUAGAUGGACAUAGACUUUUGUGUAUGUGCCGUAGUUUGCACACACCAGAGGUGACAGUAAAUGUGUAGCUUGAAGUUUUCAUCUGUUCGGGAAGACUGAUCGAAGUCUUCUAGGACAGGAAGAAAAUCCUUAGGCAGAGUCUGUUUUAAGAUCAGCAUGUACUGUAUGCAGGACAGAUGGAAGUAAUUAGAGUUUACCAGCAGGUCACUUCAUUUCUUUUUUUCUUUCUGUUCUCCUUGUGCCUGGUAAUGUUUUGAAGUUUUGUCAAAUAUAUCAGUUUACGAAGAUCAUAUAUUAAGGGAGGUAAUGGAACAAUAUAUAUUGGUAUAAGGAUAGUCUGUGUGGAAUUAUACCUGAAGCCUUUGAGAAUUCAGAAGUCUGGAAUCCCAUUAUGUGUAAAGCAGAUUGAUUUCUUGCCUUUAUAAACACAGGUUCUCAGGUGCUAGCACUAUUUGUUUCUUUUGAGAUAAGUUCAUUAUUUGGUGUUAUAUAACUAUGUGGUUUAUGGCUAUAGGUCCAUUGGGCAACUUGAAUGAUUCAAAUUCGAUCAUUCAUGUUGGGUCUUUUAUGUGGCUAAAGGGCAAUAUAGUUAAUAGGAUUUAUUGACUUUGAGGUUUGAAUUUCUUUUAUUUAAUUUUUACUAAUAUUGUUCGUUGUUGUGUUUUUUUCCCUAUCUGUAAUUGUUUUUUCUUUUUUUUUUCUUUUUCUUAGGUCUAUAUCUUUUAUAUCUAAUGUUGGCUCUUUCUUUUUCUUAGGUCUAUCUGUUUUAUAUCUAAUGUUGGCUCUUGAGUGUGAUAAUAUAUGUGAAAUACCUGCUGUCACCUCUAAUUUUAAAGACUUGUACACUUACACUUUCACGUUUAUUCGUCAAAGAAAAAAAAUAAUGGAAUUUUAUUGUGGAGCAAUUAGGACAGUUUUCUCUUGCUUUGCAGCUAAGAUUUUUUCUCCUCCAGGUUUUAUUUACAUACAUUACCUAUGUAAAUAGAGAUGUCCUUUCUGCUUUUAGAGUAAGAUUCUACAUAGUGAUGAAUAGUAUCCUGACUGAUUUUGAGGAAAAAAACUGAGCUGGAAGAAAGAGUGGAAAACAUUUUCAGCUCAAUAUAUUUUUCUAUUACAGUGGCUGAAUUUUAAGGUCAUAUUGAUUGCACUAAGAUGCAGAGAUAUGCAAUACCUCACAAGCAUACCAAUGCACCACUCCCUUGUGUCUGCAUACCCAGUACCUAUAGAAAUGAAAAAAAAAAAAAAUCAAUUAUAUUUAAACAGAAGAAACUUGUUCAAUUUAUGAGUAAGUAAAAUAUACAGAUUUGUAAAAAAAAAUAUAUGUAUAUAUGUUUGGUUGCUCAUCAUAAGUGUACAAAUCUUUUCAAGGCAUACGGCAUGUUGGAGCUUCCAUUGUCAUGUCUGUUGACAAUUAGAGUUUAGUUAGUAAGUUUAUAUGAGUACCUAGAUAGGCAGUUUUAUGUACAGCAUAUACUGUGGCAAUUUUAUAAUAGUGCAAAUAAUAGUUCAUAGGCUUGACUUGCACUUCUGCUUGGACCUUAAAUGUACUGGUUCAUUGUUCAGCAAAACAUUAGAGUAGGCUUAUGACUCAUAGCGAGGAUGAGAUUCCACAACUGCAUCGUACUCGAUAAAUGUUUGCACGUUACUUAGGUGUAAUUUAGGAAGGAAAUUGAAGUAUAGGUUUUAAAGGUAAAUUCCUUAGUGUUGGAUUUGAAAGCUUGAGGAUUGCUGUUGAUUUCUCGUUGUCAGCAUGGAGGAUUUAAUGAGAAAGAGAAAAUUUGGAGACCUAGAUGGAGGUCCUUAGAUAGUGUAGCCAAUUUUCUUGCUAGUUUACACCAAGUAAGUGGAAACUAAUACUUCUUAGUGAGCUGGUUCCCUAUGUAAAAUCCAUGAAUGUUUCUGCUGGAAGAGAAUAAGAUGUGUAAUGACCAUCCACAUAAGAGUCACAUGUAGAGUUAGCUGUCACUAGUACUGUAUGGCAGAAGCCAUGUCUGUUGGGUAGAAUAGUUGGUAAGAAUGGACUUACAUUCUUGCAAGUCUUAGUUAAUAUUAUAGGACCUCAUCACAUAGUGAAGUACUUCAGAGAUAUCACAUCAUUAUAUGAAGUUGGUAAUCAGAAGGUAUUUCUUGGAGAAAUUUGUAGAAAAUAGUGGGUGGAGUACAGACCAUCAUUUAAUCCUAUGGAUGAGAUUAGAGUAGCUCUUAAUGAUAGACAGUUAGUAUGUGUAUUCUCAUUACGGCUGAUUUGAGUAUGAUAGCAUUUAUCACCUUUCACACUCUCCUUGUUAGUUGUAAAUGAUAUGAUGUUCCUUAUUUUAUACUGAGAGAAUAUUAGUGAUGAAAGGUAAUGCAUAAUACAGCUAUUAGGUAUUUGCUUCACUCUUAACAGAGCUUUUUGAUAAUGUAUUUAUUGAGCAUUUAGUCCAGUUGAUGUCAACAUUAGUGUGGACAUGUCACACUGGUGACUACACACUUCAAUAUUAUCAGUAUAUUUGUCACAAGGGUAAAGUCCCUUACCUGAACUGUUGCAGAAGUUUUUUGUUCUGUUACUGUCAUUGUUACUUUGUUGUUUGUACUAGAUGAUUUAAAAAAAAUUAUUACAACUAUUACAGCAGUUCCUUUAUUCGGAACAUUUUUGCUGUUGUUCAUGUGCUAUCACUACUUUGAUCUGAUUCAUUUCCAUGUUUUUGUUAUAGAUUUAUCACCUUUAAUAUUUCUCUGUUAUCUUUACCUGUAAUUUGAGAAGUUAUUCCAAAGGUUGCCACUUCAUGGGCGAAGAAGACCAUAGAAAUGCCCAGUUCUUUGAUUGAAACCUAGAUGUAGGAAAUUGCAUAUGUAUAUGUAAUAAACCAAGACUUAAAGAUAAGCUGUCGGUAGUGUCCAUAUUAACCUGAAAAUUUACAGUAUGGACCGGUGUAUUAUACUCUCUAGUUUAUGUUACAGCUUCAUUAGGGGUUAUGAGUGCUUAGUAAGUCAUUGAUGUCAUACAUUAUAUAGCACCAGGGAGGGUGACAAAUGGGAAUAUUAUUUAAUUGUCUUCUUUAUGUGUUGUAUAUAUUUGUUCCUGUUCUGUUAACUUUAUAUAAAGGUCUGUUAGUUCUUUUUAAACAUUUCCCUGCUUUAAUCUCAUACACAUGAAAUAAUAUUUACCUCACUUUUUUGUAGAUGCUAUGGCUAGCACUGUACUCUCUUUUUUUUCUUUUGCUCUUUCAUCUUCUCUUUCUUUAUAUUCCUCUUCCUUUUCAUAUUAUUACUACUCAGGCUGGCAUUUGCUAUUAGGAUGCCAAAGUUUCUUUAUAGGCACAUUUCGUUAAUACUUGUUACAAGUAUGAUCAAUAUUGUUGAUGUUUUUUUUUCACUGCACUUAAAGGGGAAUUGGUUACAUUACAUAAUAUCAUACCAUUAAAGAAAUAACUAUAUAGAAAAUUAGAAAUAAAGCCUUCACAGUUAUAAAUGAGAAGAUAGAGUAUAAAUUUUAAAAAGAGGUAGAGCAAUAGUACUUAAUAUAUAAGCUCAGUAGGAGCAAUAGUAGAAAUGACAAAAUGUGAGACACCAUAGACAUGGCAAUAAAGAACAUAUGUAAUCUUCAAAACUGCAUGAUAGAGGAUGAAAAUGUAAUUGAAGAGUAGACACUUCUAAUGAGUUAUGGAAUGCAAAAGUAAUAAACAGUUCUUCUGAGAAGGCUUUUUGAGGUAACAGAAAGUAGAACAUGUUAGGGACCUAUCUAGGAAGAGACAGAAUAGUAGGAUGUAAUCUCGAUAGAGUAUUUCAUGUGAUAUAGUCUCAUAGAAAGAUUAAUGAAUUAGAUGUCAAAUAAGAAGAGUAACAUAAUAGGGAAGUAAUGAGUUAUAAGACUAGACUUACAAAGGGGAUUUAAUGACAAAAGUAAUGGUUAUUGAAUUAAAUGUGAUUUGCUGCGGUCAGACAUGAUUUGUAGACAAUUCUCUGUUAUAAGGAGGAGACACUGUGACAAAUGCUCGAAGUUGAAUAAAAAAGGUGACUUGAAAUGGGUGUGUGGCAGCUCAUUUAAUAUUUCAUUGAACUUUUAUGAAAAAUUAUGAUUUUGUUUAAUACACAGUAUUCAUCA